AUGGCGAAGACAAAGGUUAUUAAACCGGCCAGGACGGUGCAGAAAAAGGCUGUGAAAGAGCCGAAAAAAGUGGAUUUUGUUGAGAAGGUCGCUAAGGAAACCAAAAAACCUGAACCAGUGAAGCCGGAACUCAAAAAGAGACGUGGGUUGAUAACAAAACCACUGAAGAAGAAGGAAGUAGAUUCUAAAAAGUUCAAAUCCAUCAAUGGAUUUUAUGUCCCAAGGAAAUUCAACGCGGAGAAGGUGAAGAAGGAGAUCUUGGAGCAAGUAAGGAAUGAAGUUUGAAAGUUUGUUUUUAGGUUUAAAACGAGGUCUAUGAAGAUUCGUAGUUUAACUUUCCCAGUCUAGGGACGUUUUGAGCAGGGGUGGUCGGCGGGCCGGCCGGCCUCAAAAAUGGAAAUUGACAAACGGGCCGGGCCCGUCACGGGCCGGGCCGCGGGCCUGGGGUUUUUUCCGGCCCGGCCCGGCCCGUCUAAAAUACAAUGCCAAACCGUUGGCAUUCAUUGUUUUCGCGCCGGGAAAAUUAAUUGAUGUUGUUAUAGUUGCUGUUUCUCAAGUUCUAACACGUUUACAAGUCUAUAGUUCCAUUAUAGAACCACAAAACUAUCACACUGAUCCUUUACUAGCUAGAUCAACGCCUUUUUUGCCUCAGUUUAGAUCCCGAGCCUGGGCGCAGUUCGCAGAACCCUCUAUAGACGGGCCUGCACGGGCCGGGCCGGGCCAGGCCCGUCACGGGCCGGGCCGGGCCUGGAAAAAGACUAGACGGGCCGGGCCGGGCCGGUGAUUAGACGGGCCGGGCCGCGGGCCGAAAAUCGGAAAAAUAGGGUCUGCUGACCACCCCUGGUUUUGAGGAUCAGAGGAAGACUUGACCAAUUAGGGUUUUAUUGAGUCAAGUGUUUCUCUCGGUGAAAGUAAUGGAUUUAGAGGUCGUAAACCUUUGGAUUAGAUGAGAAAAGAGUUGAGGAGAUGGUUUGAGUAAUAAGAAAGAAUUUGGAAGCAAAAAAUAUUUUUUUGGAUAUAAAUUAUAUUGUUUUAGGCCAAAGCUGCCCUCAAAGCCAUGCUGAAGUUCAACAAAGAACAUUCGAAGCCAAAUCUCUUCGCCGAAGCCAACGAUUCCAUUGCCGUCAGAUUCCAUCUCAAGAAACCGAGAGUUCAUGGGCUUCGGAAGUUCAAAGUGAUGUAAGUAAAAUACGAAAAAUUUGCAAAAAUAAUUGAAAAAUUUUUUAGCCAACUCCCGCAUUCUGACCGAGACCCCGGAAACUCCACGGUGUGUCUAAUUUUGUCCGAUCAGAAUGCUAAAACUUUGAGAAAUCCCAAAAAUUGGCCAAAUGAAGUGGAUAAAAACGCACAAAUUUGGAAAGACUGGCUGCGGGAAGAGCAUGGAAUCACCGGAAAUGAAGUGGACAAAGUGAUGACUUAUGUCCAGUUCAAAAGAGAAUACAGAAGCAAGAUAGAUAUUGCCAGAUUCCUCAGAAGUUACGACAAAAUUGUGAUCCACGAACAACUUUUCAAAACCAUGGUCAAACAUUUCGGGAAAAGUUGCUGGAACACCAACUUGUAAGUCAUUUUAGUUAGUGGUCUUUGAUUUAGAUUCAAUUUGAGGCAGUUUGAACAGCUAUUUUGGCGAUUUCGGACAUACAUUUAUAUUACUUUAGGUUCCCGGUCAAAGUAAAUGUUCGUUCUGGAAAGCUGAAGGAGAACAUAUUGAAGGCCUACUCUCAGGAGACCCUACUCUCACCUCUGAACUCAAUUACACACGUAUUGAGGAUCGGCAACAUCCAUCAAAAGCCCGAGUUUCUUCUCGAAAAUCUUUCGGCCGUCCUGGACGCGGCCGCGGUCAUUUUGCCCGGAGGAUUGUAUAAUCUGAGAAGGGCGGGCAUUGCAUGGAUGACCACCAACCAGGAGCUCCCGGUAUAUGUGGACUUUGGAGCGGCGAAUGAGGUGAUUGCGAAGGUCCCAGAGGAGAAAAUUGAGGUCAUUGAAGAUGAAUGCAGCACUUUGCCAGAUGGUUUGAAGAUUAGAAUUAGUUCGAAGGGAAAGAUUGAGGUUCUGGAUGAGCAGUGUAAGUCAUUUAAAGGGCGUGGAGUGGAUUUUUGGAAAGAAAUUAUAUUGUAGUAGGCAUUUUUGAUGUAAAAGUUGGGGUUUUUGGUUCCAGGAAAGGAAAAAGAGGUCAUAUAUGAAGAGAAGAGAUUAUUUAGAGUAUUUGGAGGGGUUGUGACAAAAAUUUGGAGGGUUGAUUAUAUUGUAGUAGGUAUUUUUGGCGUAAAAGUUGGGGUUUUUGGUACCAGGAAAGGAAAAGGAGAUCAUAUAUGAAGAAUGCAGAUUAUUUAAAGUAUUUGGAGAGGUUAUGACAAAAAUUUGAAGGGUUGAUUAUAUUGUAGUAGGUAUUUUUGAUGUAAAAGUUGGGGUUUUUGAUUCCAUGAAAGUAAAAAGAGGUCAUAUAUGAAGAGAAGAGAUCAUUUAGAGUAUUUGGGGAGGUUAUGACAAAAAAUUUGAAGGGUUGAUUAUAUUGUAGCAGGCAUUUUUUGACCUAAAAAUUAUAAAUUUUUGAUCAAACGUGGUGUUUAUGGACGAAUUUUGAUGUUGGAAUCCCGGUUUGGUGUAAUUUCUUGUGUUUUACAUUGAUUUUGAUGUGUUAUGACUUGUAUUUUUAGCCGGAGAACCUAUUUUCUAUCCAACAAUUGAAGACGAAUGGGAGAAACACGAUGAUUUGAAGCCCAAGCAUUCCAAAGAUUCUCUGAUUGCCAGAGAAGUCAAGAAAAGAAAGGUAGAUAAAAUUUUAAAACAUGUUUUGGAUUUAUUUUUCGAUUUUGAGUACAUUAAUUUUGGGCUUAUUUUUAGGUACAAGAAAUCAAAAAAUUGGCCAAAAAAGCUCGUUUGGCCAAAGGAAAUGCGAAUAAAAAGGAGUAG